AUGGCGUCCGAGCCUGACAGCUCUGUCAUCGAGAUCGCCACCGGGAUUCGGCGCGUGGUCGUCUACGCCAUGUCUGACCUCCAUGUCGACGAGUCACCCAACUCGGUGGUCCUGGAUCGGCUGGUCGACGAGCUGGAGGGCGACAGCGGCAGCGGGAGCAGUAGCGCGAGCGGCGAGCCGGAGGCCGAGAGCGCGUUCCGAUUGGCCGUCGUGGCGGGUGACGUGGCGCGGCGGCACGAGGACGUCGGUGCGGCUCUGCUUGCGCUCGUGGCUGUCUUUGACGCUGUUGUCUAUGUCCCAGGCAACAACGAGCUCCGGCUCAGCUCGUCGGCUCGUGGCUCGGGCAUGCUCUCCACCGAGGCGUUUGAGCAGGCGCGGGCGGCGGCUGCUCGGGCCGGCGCCAUUGUCGACACGGCGAUUGUGGGCGAUGUCCUCGUUGUUCCGCUCGCAGGAUGGCACUCGGCGCACUUUGAUGGCGGCAAGCACUUUACCGGCGAUGUGGCGUACCAGCGGCGAUUCCUCGACUUUCGCGCCACCCGAUGGCCGAGCUCGUGGCCGUCGGCCAGCCUCGACGGCGCGCCCGACGCGGCGGCAGAGUACUUUGCCCAGUUCAAUGCUGGCAACAUGGCGGCGGCCAAAGCGGUGCUUCAGAGGAGGGACAAGCGGAUUUCUGCGCUGAUCACGGCCUCGCACUUUUUGCCUCGCCUCGACGUGCUGCCUUGGCGGGCGCGGACGUUCAUGUCGUCGGACGUGGUCAAGGUCAUCGGCGACGACCGCAUCGAAGACCAGAUCCGCGAGCUACACACGGAGCUCGACGGCGAGCAUGGUACUGCCCACGUCCACGUUUCGGGCCACGUUCACAUCAAUCACAACAAGGUCUGUGAAGGCGUGCGCUACCUGCUGGACGUGGCUCUCGUCGGACGAUGA